AUGGAGCCUCGUAUGGUGAAGAUCCUGAAAAAAUGGAGCGCAAAUGAUAAUGCCCUCAGCCAAGCAGAGCACGAGGAAACAAAACCAAACCUUAGAUGCGACCACCGUGGCUGCGUUACCACGCACGACGAUCCAAAGUCCCAAAUAAGCAACCACCCGCUAGCAGACGCCGGCAGAGGUCACAUUUUAUAUACUGCACCUCGUGUGACCGGAGCAGUUCGUGCUAAUAUAAGACUACCACGCUCGCUUAACCCGGAGAGGCGGCUCCUUCAUAUCACGUGGGCGUGUCUUACUCAAAGCCAGUUCUAUCGUUCUGUCAAGGUCUUGCGUGGGAACAGGUAUAAAAGGAGCUGGACGCAUUGCCGGAGUCACAUCGCCCUGUUCCGUCUCAACAAUCCUGCAGAGAUGAAGUACUUGGUGGUGUUUGUGCUCCUGGUGGCUGCCGCUUGCGCUUCUGAAGUGGAGAAGCGAGAGGCGGAGCCAAGUCGUGCCUACAGCUAUGGUUACGGUCUUCACCAUCACGCCUAUCCCCGCACGUACUACCACCCCUAUCAUCAUUUCCACAAGAGGUCCGCUGAGCCUGAGGCCGAUGCCGAGCCUUCCUACGGAGGUUACUACCGUCCCUAUUCCUACGGUUAUCACAACACUCCCUAUGUCCACCACCACUACAAGAGGUCCGCCGAACCUGAGGCCGAAGCAGAGCCCUCUUACGGUUCCUCUAGCUACUACCGACCCUAUUCCUACGGCUACCAAUCACACCACUAUAUUCCAUCCGUCCACCACCACCACAAAAGGUCUGCUGACCCUGUUGCUGAGGCUGAAGCCAGCUAUGGCUACAGAUCAUACCACCCCGUGUAUUACCACUCCUACCAAUACACCCCCUAUACUCACAGCCACUACAAGAGAUCUGCCAAGCCAGGAGCUGAUCCAAGUUUCAGCUAUGGUCACCACCGCCAGUCCGUGUACCGUCCCUACCAGCGGAAAACUCACUAUGGUUAUGGUUACCGCGCUCACCACCACUAAGGUACUGCCCUGAAGUUAUCUUAAGGAGUUUUAUAUUGAAAAUUGAUUUACAAACAAUAAAGUCAAUCUAAACGAA